AGAUUCGGCUUGAAAUGCGAACUGAAUCAGUUUUCUCCCCCAGCCCUAGUCUCAGUGGGACUUGGCUUCUGUGUAAACACGCAUAGAUUCAAUCUGCAAAAAGUAUCUUGCCUGCCUGCCUGCUUCAGAUCUCUGUUUGCCAAUCCUCCUCACAACAACUUGCAUUUUCAAGGCCGGGAGUUGGGAGUUUGAGUUUUCUAUCUCCAGAGCUGCAUUGUGUGAAGAUAACUGGGGCAAAUUGUUCUCUGAGACUGCAGCCAUUGAUUAGGAAUUUCUAGACUUUAUUGGGUGCAAAGAGAAACUCCAAAACAUAUGGACUGCCCUCUCCGUGAAAUCCCAGUGGCCAAGGAGAGCAAGACUUUCAGAAAUUAAAGAGCAACACUUUAGCGACUCUCUCUUCUCCAUGGCAAUUAUUCUCUGGCCCUCUAUACCUAAUUUCCACAUGUCCCCGCUCCCCUUUUGAUUUGCAUAGACCUUCGAAGAACAUUUCAAAACAGCUGAAAUCUUCCUUCUUGGAAGCACAAUAAAUCAUGCAAAGAUAUGCAGGACUGCCCACCUAUGGGUUUCCUGUUAUUAUUUGGAAGUAAGCCCCACUUUUUUGUGCUUCCAAGUAUGCUUGCGUAUCUUGCAGGCCUAGGCUGCUUUCCCAUGCAUAUUACUCAAGUGAUAUCCAAUACAUGUCUACUCAAGUAAGCUCCAUUGGGUUCAAUGUGAUUUACUCCAAGUUACAGAAGCAGGCGACGGAAGCGUGCGCGCAGAAACCUUGCUUUGCUGUGAGCGACUGUUAUCUACAACAUCAAGCAAUGCCUCUUGCAGAUAUGAGACUUGUGCAAGAUGAGCAACUUCUAAACUAUGACCCCAAGAAGGAGGGCAGAAAGCACAUACCCAACCAAGCUGGCCAUGGCGAGUCCAGCUCCAGGCCUCAGAAGGAACUCCAAGUGACCAUUUGCUUACUGCUGGUGGAGCUGUGUGAAAAGUUCACGUUCUUUGGCAUUGUCUGCAAUAUGAUUCUUUUCUGCACAGUCAAGCUUGGCUAUCCCAACCACCAGGCGGCCACAAUCAGUCUCUGCUUUGUAGGUGCCUGCAUGGUGACCCCCCUUCUGAUGGGCUGGCUUGCCGAAUGCCCGGUGGGGCGGAUCAAAUUGGUAUAUCUCUGUGCAUUGCUACAUUUUGUAGGUACAGCCCUGUUACCUGUUGUUGCCUUCCCCUUUGAAGAUUUCUUCAUAGAUAAGCACUACGUCCUUCACACCUUGGCUAAAAGAGAGCAGCAGGUCCUCUUUUAUGUGGGAUUGUUUGCUACCUGUCUUGGCUCAGGAGGAAUAAGAGCCAUUGUGUCCCCCUUCAGUGUUUACGACCUUGAUGCCUAUGGACAAAAGGAGCUUCUGUCAUUUUUCAACUGGUUUUACUGGCUGGAGAAUUUAAGUUCUGCCAUCGUCUUGGUUGUCAUUUCAUACAUCCAACAGUCGGUGGCCAAAAACCUUGGCUUUCUUAUUCCCUUUGUGUCUGUCCUGAUGGCUCUGAUCACCAUUUACAUGGCACGCGGUGAACUGAUUUACCAGCCACCAAAAAGUAGUUGCCCAUUGACCGUCUGUGGCGUAGUUGCUAAUGCACUGAAAGUGUGCUGUGUAAAAUGUCGCUACUUCAGUGAGGGCAUCGCAAACUGGCUAGACCAUGCCAAGGAAAACUAUGGUGGCCAGUACAGUGAAACUCAAGUGGAAAGCACAAAAUCACUUGUCCGUCUCUUUCCCCUGUUUGCCUUCCAAAUCCUCUACAGGAUAUGUGUUGUACAGAUACCGUCAGGAUAUUAUCUGCAGACAAUGAAUUCGAAUUUGAAUUUGAAUGGAUUUCUCUUGCCGAUAGCAGCCAUGAAUGUGAUAAGCAUUGUGCCGUUAUUAAUUCUGGCUCCUGUGCUGGAGUGUCUCAGCACUUGUCUCUUUCAUGCCAAAGGAAGUGGAUGGUCCCCUACUGUCUGUAUUGUUGCAGGUUAUGCAUCUGCCACCCUCUCCGUCAUGGUUGCUGGUUUUUUUGAGGUGUACAGGAAGCAUUUCCCUUUGGUGGAACAGACCCUUUCAGGCAAAGUUCUCCUUGUUUCCUCCAUGCCGUGCAUCCAUCUGGCUCCACAAUACAUCUUGCUUGGUUUGGCAGAAGCUCUGGCAACUCCCACCUGUUCCUUAAUUACGUAUAAGUUUGUGCCAGGCAGAAUUCGUGGAAUUGCCUUGCAAGCCUUGACUUUCUUCAAUGGAGCUGGCUGUAUUAUGGAGGCCUUUCUUGUUCAAGCAGCUUACGCUGGCUCACAAGGUGACUGGUUUCCAAAUAAUCUAAAUGAGGGCAAAUUGGAGCGAUUUUACUUUUUCUUGGCCUCAUUAAUGAUGAUUAAUACUUUAGGCUACUGGAGCAUUUCACACAGGUACACCAAUCUUCAGCAAGACUACGACGAAGGAUUCAGAGGGAGUCUUCUUCAAGAGCAACUUUUACAGCAUGAGAAAUCGCUUAUAUUUUAUGACAGCAUCCUGGAUUCUCCCUCUCCUUUGUCUCCCAUGGAGACUCUCCUAUGAAAUCUUGCUCUGAAAAUGACUGGUUGCGCACGCGGUGUAGUCAGUCAUUGGAGUAUUGUCUGUCAGAUUUUAAUGAUACAUUCCUUUCCGUGUUUAUGAACUGACUUAACAAUAAAUGGUUUGUUUACCUUUUUUUCAUGUCUACAUAGAUGGAUAUAUUGGAAAUCUCUGUGAAAGCAUCCAGACUUCAGCCUGGUCUUUAGCAAUUCCUUAUGCCUCCCUCCCUUUACUGAGACCCCUCCCAACAUGUGAAAUAACUUUUAAAGGGACAAGAGGACUACUUAUACCUUCACAUUCCGUGCGUGUGAGAGCGAGAGUGAGAAAGAGUUCACUCUAAAAAUGGCUUUUGUAUAUAAUAAAGUC